AUGCAAUUCUCUACUCUCAUCUUCACCCUUGUUACUCUGGGAUUUGCUACGGCUGAGCCCAUUCCAGCCGACGUGGGCUUGGGCUCCGAGCCACUUGUCGUUCGAAACAUCCUCAUGCACCCACGAGCGGAGAUGGUGUCAUGCUGCGUUGCCAACUUCAAAGGGAACUGCGACUGUGGCUCCUGUCCCAUCACUCAAUGCGCAGUAAGUAUACUGAUACAAGUAGAAUCCAAACCCCGGGGCGGUUCAGGAGCUGUUGCUAAUAAAACUGCGCAAAAAAAGUACGGCGGACGAGGCUGCAAAUGUUAA